ACGCACACAAAAACUAACUAAAAAGUGAGCAGGAGAUUUCCCAGAAAGAGAAACAGAAAGCAGUCAUAAUCUACCAUAUACAGUUUGAUUAAAAAUGGAAAAAUCUAGCACAACCUCCAUUCCUCCAUCCCCCUUUUCCUAAAUAUCUUCUUUGUCUCUAGAAAUUUCCACUCUAAACCCUUAAAUUACCCAUCGUUCACACUUUGUCCCCCCUCAGAUUAUCAGCUUACUCACUCACUCCACUCCACUUAAACUCAUACUCUAAUUAAAGGAUUAACAAUUCCGAUUAAACUCUUUCAAAAAGAUUGAUUCACUGCGAGCUAUGGAAGAUGUGACGAUCAAGGUUGAGGAAGAUGGGGGCAUUUCUGCCCUCCCAUUUGGCGGCGGCGGUUCGUCGUCCUCCCCGCGGCCGAUUGAAGGGUUGCACGAUGUUGGGCCGCCUCCGUUCCUGACCAAGACGUUUGAUAUGGUGGAGGACCCUUCAACUGAUUCUGUGAUUUCAUGGAGUGAUGCCAGGAAUAGCUUCAUUGUUUGGGAUUACGCCCAGUUCUCUUCUGUUCUGCUCCCCAGAUAUUUCAAGCACGGUAACUUCUCCAGCUUCGUUCGCCAGCUUAAUACCUAUGGAUUCAGAAAAGUUGAUCCAGAUAGAUGGGAAUUUGCAAAUGAAGGCUUUCUAGGUGGACAGAAGCAUCUUCUGAAGACAAUCAAGAGGAGAAGGAACGCUGUUCCAACUGCAAUUCCCCAGCACGGAAGAGGAUCCUGCAUUGAACUGGGUCAUUAUGGUGUUGAAGAAGAACUCGAGAGGCUUAAGAGGGACAAGAACCUGUUAAUGGCAGAGAUCCUAAAACUUAAGCAGGAACAACAAGCCUCCAGGGAUCAAGUCAGUGCAAUGGAGGAUAGAAUAAGGAUUACAGAGAACAAACAGCAGCAGACAAUGACCUUCCUUGCAAAAAUGUUUGCUAAUCCUACUUUCAUGCAGCAAUACUUGGAAAGGCAUCGGCAGAGGAGAGAGCCAGAGCGAAUUGACGUUGGCCAUAAGAGAAGGCUGACAAUGACCCCAAGUGAAGAGAAUCUGGUGGAAGUGGCAGCAGUUGCUGUGGACGCAAAUCAGCUUCUAGAUGGCCCUAGUCGAGACUCAGAACUUGAGCGUAUUCAAAGAGAUAUAGAGACCGUUCUUUUAUCGGCAGCCAUGAAUGAGGAAGCUAGCAAUGUAGUGGAUUUGACUGCAUCAUCAAUUCCAGCGAGCAGUUCCACCAAUUUGGAUGCUGUGGACGAAAACAUCUGGGAAGAGCUACUCAGUGGAAAUGACCCAGAAGUACUGGGAGGUGAAGACGAAUCAGAGGUUGAUGUGAAAGUGGAGGAUUUGGUUGCCGAAACGCCUGAGUGGGAUGAAGAUCUGUGUGACCUUGUGGAUCAGAUGGGGUAUCUCACCUCAACAGCUAACCACCACAUCGAUUAGAAACAUAAAGCGGUUUUCUGGUCUUAUUGAUACCUUUUCCGUUUUCUUAUGUAUACGUCAUUGUACUUGCCUUUGGCUGGCACUUAAUUAUGAGUUGAUGACAAUAGGUUGGAAGAUGAAGAGUUCAAGGAGGCCGAAAACAGAAUCAACUGGCUGCUGUGUAUCCUUCUAGUAUUUAUGUUCAAGAUCUUCUCUGUAUUCUGAAAUUCUUUGGUGAUGAGAUUUGUGAAGAAAGCUUAUUUUGAUUAGUUCUUUUCUCUUGUUGCACUUUGCAGAUGAAGAUGGCUGGGGGUUUCUCGAUCAAAUUUCGAGCAGUUUGUUUUGACUUGUACAGUCAUUGUGUAGGAUUCUUUUCCAGUUGAGGCUGGGCUAACUUUUUGUGUAGAGAUUUCAUUGCAAUUGGAAAAUGCUUUUUGUUUGGGGAUAAUACCCCUCCUUUUUUUCUUUUUUUUUUUCACUAGGAUAAUACCCCUCAAAGGCAAUGCCAAGAGUUGAAAUUUUUGAAGAUAUUUUCUUCAUUAUUAUCAUUGAAAUGUGUCUUGUGAGAUGAACACAUUGCUAUGACAAUAUCCUAUCAAUUUCAAGUAUCCAUCUGAAGUAAC